AUGACAUCCACCGAACCAACGCUCCCACCACACCUCGACCCAAGAACCUACCCGCGCCACUACCACGAUCCAACCAAAAACAUCCAUCUAACACUAACCUACAACCCCCUCGAUGCAAACACCUAUCUCUCCGAAACCGCCUCACCAGCAGCAGGCGCAAACGUUCUAUUCCUCGGCACAACGCGCGACACCUUCGAGGGCCGUUCCGUUUCCCAACUCAGCUACACAGCCUACCCGCCUCUGACGAUGAAGACGCUAACGACCAUCGCCGAGACCGCUGUCGAGACGCACGGACUUGAGGGCGUGAGUAUUGCGCAUCGGCUGGGGUCUGUGCCGAUUGGGGAGGCUUCUAUUGCUAUUGCGGUUAGUGCGGGGCAUCGGAAGGCGGCGUGGAGGGCUGGCGAGGAGGUGCUGGAGGCUUGUAAGGAGAAAGCGGAGAUUUGGAAGAGGGAGGAAUUCGUUGAUGGGAGGAUGGAGUGGAGGGCUAAUGCGGAUCGGGAUUCUGAGGGGAGGCUUUUGGGGGAUAAGGCGGUUUAG